AUGAUAUAAUAAAAAAAUAUGCAGAUUUAUUUACAGCACCUGAUUUUAUAAAAUAAUGUAGAGCUUCUAGUUAAACUUAAAAAACACAUGAAUCAUUUGCUGAUAGUAGAAGUCUUAAUUUUUUUGUUUUUUUUUCAAAGUAUGGUUUGUUAGGAUAUUGAAAUAUCUAAAAAAGGAAAAUGUUUAUUACUAUCUUAAUUAACUGCAGGUUGUUUUUAAUAAUUAAAGCAAGUAAAAAUGUAAAAUAUUGAUACAAUGUAUCUAUCAGAAUAUUAUAAUUAUAAUAAAUAGUAACCAAUAAUUG